GAACCGGAAAGCACAAACUUUUAUUCAGUUUGGCAACGCUCAAAUAUUCACUAUUCGAUGUCUGUCAGCGCGCUGACAAUAUUUGUUUUAUCUGAAUGCUCGCCUUCGAGGGCCGAUAAGAACACUUUCGUGAGUCAGCUUGAUAAAUUUCUCUCUCAUCGGCACGGAGCGCAGCUAUUUUUCGCCAUUUGCUCUCAAUUCAGUAUCAUUGAACGUGCGACAAUGGACAGUAGUAAUCUGCUAGAGAAUUGCGAGAAGAAGGAGCAGAGCAAGAGGUUGGAUUUACCAGCAGAAGAGAAGGAGGAGAACAGCAAUGUGGAAUCAGGCGAUGAAAAGUUGAAAUUCACCACAAAGUGGGUGGAAGAGAACGACUUCGACGCUUCCUCGUGCGCUGGCCAAUCAUCCGUCGCGGACGAGAGCACAAUUUACACGUCUUCCGUGACGGAGAGUGACGCACUGUCCGAAAUGGCAACGCGCUUCGGGACAUCCGUGAGUCUGGACACCGCCGAGGCGACUCUCAUCGCGGGCAGCCACAAGAUCGUCACGUUGGACGGCGAGAAGCCCGUGCAAGUGAGUCAGACGGAGAUUCUGCAGCACAUCUUCAAGGGCGACAGCAACAUCCAGACAUUCGACAAGAUCCAGAUUGAGAACUCCAGCAAGGUUCACAUUGGGAACAUCACCUACGUCACGGGACCCAUUCACAUCACCACAGACAUCGGGAGUCACAGCCGCGAGAGGCGAAACCCGGCAGAGAGCGAGGAGAAGGUCGAGACGAAGAAUCCAGAUUGCUAUAUUGGCAACAAACAGCAACGCCUUCCAAAUACUGAGCCUAGGAUUGUCGAUAGGCGCUCUUGGUUGGCUCAACCACCGCUAGAACCACCAACAAUCGUCACUGAACCCUUUCCCUAUGUAAUUAUCGCUCACACUGCAACGGAGAGCGGCUACAAUCAGGCUGAAAUGGUGUACUUGGUGCGCAUCGUGCAGAGCUUUCACAUUGAGUCCCGCGGCUGGGACGAUAUUGGCUACAAUUUCCUGAUCGGCGGCGAUGGAAAUGUGUACGAGGGACGCGGCUGGAAUCGCGUGGGCGCGCAUACAUUUGGAUACAACAGAAAAGGUCUGGGAAUCAGCUUCGUGGGCUGCUUCAUGAAAACCCUUCCGCCGAAAGUCAGCCUGGACGUCUGCAAGCUCUUGAUCGAGAAAGGCGUCAGAGAGGGCUACAUUGCGCCAGAUUACAAGCUCUUCGGCCAUUGUCAGUGCAUCCCAACGGAGAGUCCUGGAAAAAUGCUCUACGAAGAGAUCAAAACAUGGCCACAUUAUUCAGAGACUUUUGAAUGACACGAGCUUACGAAAUAUUGAUUUUUUG